UAGGUGCGGUCGCGGCCGGGGAGCCUUCGGCUGCCAGAUGGACGUGACCCUGAGCCGUCCGUGCGCGAGGUGCGAGGAGAGGGAAGAGCUGGAAGAAGAGGCGGCAGUGGCCGCUGGACGUCCUGCAGGGGUGUCCGAGACCGAGGAAGCUUCGCACCCGGAUUCAGACUCCGACCUGGAAACAGAAGGGGCAGCGGGGCAGCGGGGCCAGGCCUGCAGGAACACCCUCUACUUGGGGUCUUGUCAGGCCCCUAGCGUUGUGCUUAUCUCCUGCUUUCUGCGCCAAGGGAGUGCACUGGAGCUGAACCUGCGGCACUGUGGCCUGGGGCCCCAGGGGGCCCGGGAUCUGGCUUCCUCGCUGGCCUCCAAUCCCUGCAUCAAGCGGCUAGACCUUCGGGACAAUGGGCUCUGUGGGGCUGGCGCAGAGGCCCUGGCAGUUGCCCUGAGCAAGAGCAGCAGCACCUGUGAUGUGGACCUGUCAGAGAACCAGCUGGGAGCAGCAGAAGCCCAGGCCCUCUGUGUUACCCUUGUGGGGAACCCGGCUGUGCAGAAGAUUCGGCUGUCAGGGAGCGGCCGGGAGCAGGCGGCCCGGCACCUUGCUGAACUCCUGCCGGCCCACACAGGCAUGGAACCCCUGGACCUGAGCUGUGAUCAGCUGAGCGACCAAGCAGGAGGGAUGCUCUGACCAACCCUGGCAGAAAACACCGGACUCACUGAGCUUAACAUAAGCUGGAAUCACCUCCAAGGCCCGGGAGCUGUGGCAUUUGCCAGGGGACUGGAGGCAAACAUCUUCCUUAAAGUUCUGGACAUCUCGUACAAUGGCUUUGGAGAUCCUGGAGCCUCUGCGGUGGGCGAGGCCCUCAAGGCCAACAAUGUGCUGGAGGAACUCAACAUGAGCAAUAACCGAAUCUCUGUGGUGGGAGCGCUGAGCCUGGGCCUGGGCCUCCAGGUCAACCGGACCCUGAGGGUUCUUGUUGUGUCCAGGAAUCCCAUGGGAAGUGAGGGCUGCUCUGGUCUUCUCAAGUCUGUGCGGGACAAUCCAGCACCUGCUCUGGAGCUGCUGGCUUUCUCCGAUACCCAGGUGAACACGGAGUUUGAUGACCUUGCUAGCUCAGUGAAGGUAGUUCUUCCUGGGCUUUGCAUAAAGACUGGUGCUCGCAGAGCGGAGUAUAAAAAAGAGUUGCUGCCAGUCUUCAGACUGUCCCUACCAGUGCCUGCCCCUAAAUGACUUUGGACUGUAGCUUCCUCCCCUCCAGCCAGCCACUACAAUCUCUACAUCUAGUGCUCUUCAACUCACAA